AUUUGUCUUUUUUACUUCCACCCACGCCCGGCGGCGGCUUGUGCCCCCCGUUGUAUUAAAAGUAUUUAAUUUAUAUUUUUAAUGUUAAUUUCUUAAAAAUGGACACAAGAAAGUUAACCGAAAUUUUGCGCGCUACCAUCGACCCUAACCAGAGGCAGCAGGCCGAGGAGCAGCUUUCGCAGAUACACAAAAUAAUUGGGUUUGCCCCAUCACUUCUGCAAGUUGUGAUGCUUAAUGAUGUCCAGAUUCCAGUGCGUCAAGCUGGUGUUGUCUAUCUUAAGAAUUUAAUAACAUCGGGAUGGCAGGAGAAAGAGCCGGAGGAAGGGGAACCCAUUCCCUUCAGCAUCCACGAGCAAGAUCGUGCAAUGAUUAGGGAUAUAAUUGUAGACGCAAUCGUACAGGCUCCUGACAUAAUCCGAGUGCAGUUGUGCGUAUGUUUAAAAACAAUCAUCAAACACGACUUCCCUGCAAGAUGGACGCAGGUUGUAGACAAAAUUCACAUUUAUUUACAAAACCCAGAACCGAAUAGCUGGAUGGGAGCUUUAUUGUGUCUGUACCAACUGAUCAAGAAUUAUGAAUUUUUCCUUGCUGAGAAAAGGGUGCCGCUAAUAGAAGCUAUGAAUUUGUUGCUACCAAUGAUGUACAAUUUGAUUGUGAAUCUCCAAACAGACCAGUCAGUGGAGUCGGUGCUCAUCCAAAAGCAAAUACUCAAGUGCUUUUAUGGCCUCAUCAAAUACAUUUUACCAUUAGAUUUGAUCACCAAGGAAAUCUUCACAAAAUGGAUGGAAGUCCUCCGGUCAGUCAUGGAACAGCCGGUUCCAGAACACACCCUGCAAGUGGAGGAAGAUGAACGCAUGGAGCUCCCAUGGUGGAAAUGCAAGAAGUGGGCUGUCCAUACGCUCUACAGACUCUUCGAAAGAUAUGGAAGCCCAGUGAACGCCCGCGAGGAGUAUGUCCAGUUUGCCGAGUGGUAUCUUACCACGUUCACGGGUGGCAUCCUUGAAGUGCUGCUCAGAAUAUUAGACCAAUAUCGAAACAAGAUUUACGUGUCACCUAGAGUGCUGCAGCAAACCAUCAGAUACAUUGACCAAUGUGUUAGCCACGCGCACUCCUGGAAGCUGCUGAAGCCCCACAUGUUCGCCAUAGUGCAAGAUGUGCUGUUCCCCCUGAUGUCCUACUCCGAACAGGACGAGGUCCUCUGGAACACAGACCCCCACGAAUACAUACGGAUCAAGUUCGACAUAUUCGAGGACUUCGUAUCUCCCGUGACGGCUGCGCAGACGCUGCUCAUAUCUUGCUGCAAGAAGCGCAAGGAUAUGCUCGAGCGCACAAUGCAUCUUUGCCUGCAAGUGCUCAGAAGCCAGAACGGCGAAUACGGACCCAGGCAGCGCGACGGCGCUCUACACAUGAUCGGGACACUUAUAGACGUUCUCAUUAGGAAGAAGUUCUACAACGAGGAGAUAGACCCCCUUCUGAAUCAAUUCGUUAUACCGGAAUUCCAUAGCCCGCUCGGCUACAUGCGAGCCAGAGCCUGCUGGGUGCUGCACUGCUUCGCCAGCAUUCGCUUCAAGUCCGAAAUGGUUUUGAUGGAGGCUGUCAAUCUUACUGUAAAUGCAUUGCUAAACGAUAUCGAACUACCAGUAAAAGUGGAGGCAGCGAUCGCUCUUCAAAUGCUCUUGACAUCGCAGGAGAAGGUUCACCAGAUCUUGGAGCCCCAAGUGAAGGCGGUUACAACGGAGCUGCUGAAAGUGAUACGCGAGACAGAGAACGACAACAUAGCUAAUGUUUUGCAGAAGAUUGUCCCGUUGUACACUGAACAGUUGAUGCCGAUGGCAUUUGAAAUCACCGAUCACCUGGCUACGACCUUCAGCAAGGUAAUUGAGACUGAUUCUGGCACCGAUGAGAAAGCUAUCACAGCCAUGGGACUGCUUAACACCAUGGAGACUGUAUUGAAUGUCAUGGAAGAUAACCCUGAGAUUAUGGCGCAGCUGGAGAAGACGGUUCUGCGCGUAGUGGGCCAUAUUCUUCACCACAACAUAAUUGAGUAUUACGAGGAAGCCAUGACAUUGCUGUGCAAUCUCACCACAAAGUCCAUAUCCGAGGACAUGUGGAAGGUGUUGGAGCUCCUAUACCAAGUGUUCGAGAAAGAAGGCUAUGAUUACUUCCCCGACAUGAUGCCGGUCCUACACAACUACAUCACAGUGGACACCAACGCUUUCUUGUCCAACGAGAACCAUAUUCUGGCUGUAUUCAACAUGGCAAAAGCUGUGCUGAACUCGAACGCCGAAGCCGAAGACGAGUCAGAGAUCAUCGCAGCCAAACUGUUAGAGGUGAUGGUUCUGCAAUGUUCGGGCAAGAUUGACAACUGCCUGCCCUCAUUCGUGGAGCUGGUGCUCAACAGGCUUACGCGCAAAGUGAAGACUUCCGAACUGAGGACUAUGUUGCUGCAAGUACUGAUAGCGAUACUGUACUGCAACCCACACUUGCUGUUUACGAUAUUGGACAAGCUGCAGGAGUCUGUGCCCAACGCGUCCAUCACGCAGCACUUCAUCAAGCAAUGGAUACACGACACCGACUGCUUCAUGGGCCUGCACGACAGAAAACUCUGCGUGCUCGGCAUCUGUACACUCCUGGAGAUGGGCCCGCAGCGGCCGAACUUGGACGAGAUCGUGCCGAAGCUACUCCCGUCGUGCCUCGUGCUGUUCGACGGGCUAAAGCGCGCGUACGAGGCGCGCGCCGAGGCCGACGACUCGUCCUCGUCGGAGGGCGACGACGACGACGAAGACGACGCAGAGGUGUUGUCCAGCGACGAAGACGACCUAGACGACAUGAACAGCGAAUACCUGGAGAACCUCGCACGCAUGAGUAUGAAAAACAGCGCCGCCCAGGGCGUCAACAUGACUGCCAAGAUCGAGGACUACGAGGAGAGCGACGACGACGAUGAAGACUUUGAGCCCGAUGAGACAGCCUUCGAAUGCUACACGACACCCUUAGACGAGAAAGACUGUCCUGUAGACGAAUAUAUCAAAUUCAAGAACACAUUGACAGCGCUAUCGACCAACGACCCAGUGCUGUACCACGCGCUGACCAGCGGCUUGAACGAGGAACAGCAGAAGCAGCUGAAGGGAGUGCUGCUCCUCGCCGACCAGCGCAAGGCUCAGCAGGACAGCAAGCGCAUCGAACAGAGCGGCGGUUACUCGUUCACGGUCCCCGCACAAGUACCAACCAAAUUCAAGUUCGGAUCAUAAGCAGCGAGACCAAGAAUGUUGUACACACCAUUCUCAUCAUCCAUCGAGACUCCAUUCCGCUGGCCUUUGGUUACGUAUAUGCAUUUAAGUUUCACUAUUCCACUAUCAAAUGAUUUGACAUAAAUUAAUAGGUAUUAAAUUGUAUUAGUAAUGUUUAACUGUUUCUUUAAUGACUCGUGUAUUAAUAGCCAAUUUUAUUUCAUUAUCAUAAAUUCCAUGACGUAAUGGGUUCUAAUAUGAUGCAACUAAAUACUUAACAAACUAGGCAAAUUUAGUUUAGUAACAUUUACUAUACUUAGCUAAUGUUUUUUUUAUUAUAGCUAUCGUGAUUUUUCCUGCCUAAACAUGGCAGAUUAUAAGAAAAUUAUAUUGAGUGUAUGGGCGGAAUGGAGGGCACGAUGCCUACACUAUUGUGCAUUAUUUUAAAACUAUUUAUGUUUAAAGUAAUGGGCAUAUAAUAAUCUUUGGGUACGAUAUUAGGUGUUAGGAGUCCCAUCUCACUAGAUAACGCUAAGCCAUCCCAGUGAGGUAGGACCUAAAAACAAUUUAGCGAUGCUUAAAAUCCUGGCGUCUUGAUAAAAUAAUUCAAUUAAAUAAAAUUAUAUUGAAUGAUGAUUUCAAUUAAAUUAAAUGAAAAAAUAGAAUGACCAUACAAUCGACCAUUUAGAAGCCUUAGGUUCUUCAUUGUUAAAAUGAUCAUAGUUGAAUAUUUUUUUAUAAUGAUGAAUUAGCCUAAACAACUCUCAUGACAUUCAGUGUUCCCCUAUUAAAAGAGGAAAUCCAACUUAUUUUUACGAGAGAUUAAACGAUCAUGGAUUUAAUAUACUUUUUUUUUUCUUAUAAUCCAUUAUAAUUUACGAGUCGUCAAUUUGAAUGGAUUGUAGUAUGUGAUGUCCCGUCGUAGGCGCAUCAGAAGAGGUCGUGAUCAUGUAAUGUGGUGCUUUUAUAUUUGGAAACAAGUAAAUUUUCAAAUAUCAUUGUUGAAUUCCUCUUAGUUAAGUUUUGAAAAGCAUUUAGACCGCGAUGGAUGGCAAAAUUCUUUUUUCUAAAAUUAUUAUUCCUCUCUGAUGACAUUUUUAUAUAAUGGAAUUUCUCACCAUCUUGAUAAACCAACUGAUGGGUUAUGAAUAGUAAAGUUUUAGGAAUAAGAACAUACUCAAAAUAUAAAAGUAUUUUAUCAAUCUACAGGGAUUGGAAGUCAAGAUAUGUAUAGUCACGUGGCGUGUGGUAUAUCGUAUAUGUUCCACAUUGCUUAUAAAUGUGAACAUAUCUUAACUAGUAAUGAUCAAGGUGUGAUAAGGGUUAUAUCUCUGAAAAUAUACCAAUAGCGUUCGUUAUAGGUUCGUAUAAAUGUAGGUUUACAUUGAGUAGCAAAGAUAUGCCUGUUCACUGCCGAAAAUUAUACAGCGAAAAGAAUUAAGCACUUCAUUAUUUCAAAUUAUUUGUCAGAAUUUAAUUUAAUUGAAAUUUAAAUGUAGACAUAAUAAAUCUUUAGUUUUUUUACUUGUUUUUUUUAACAGCAUUAAACAAUUUGAAUAGUAAGGAAUUUAAACAUCACGAAAUACCCUUCUCAGUGAACAAUUCGGUCACCGGCAAAAAAUGUUCAAAACCGCUUGUGACUCAUUCACAAUUAUUUAAUAUGAUGUUAUUGAAAAAAUCUUGGAAUAUCUCCAAUUUAUAUUAUUGCAUGUUGAUCCUCUGUGUAACAUUUGUUUUGUUAUUUUUUAUACUUUGUUAUUGACGGUAUACAUGAAGUAUUUGAUAGUACUUUUCAUGCUUUUACGAGGAUGUCAAGCCGCGUUGAUGAUUUUUUCUUAUUAAAACAGCGGAAUUAACAAUAGUUUAUAAUAAAAGGUUAAAUAAUAAUUAUUACCUUGUGUGUAACGCGGCGCUACAGGCCUUUAAAAUAACUUUGUUAUAAUUAAAUAAUGUUGCGGCCACGAAUGAUUGUAAAAGUGUCUGUAUACAUUAGUGAUUCACAUAAUAUUAUUAGCAGCCUAAAUUUGCAUCCUCGGCCUACUUGACUUUUCCUAAAUAUCAUUUUUUCAAAUUCAAAUUUAUUUCUUAUUGAUGAUUUGGGAAUAAUUAUAAAUCUUUCAAUUCAAUAUCUUUACUGCAUUCUAUGUUGUACAUAAAGGUCUUUAACAAUAUAUUGUAUAGUCUCAAACAUAGACCCGGUUUAAGCACAGCAACAUUCUGUUUUACAAACAUUUAUUUAUUAAUUCGUCAAUUUCAGAAAUAUUGAAAAAUCUUAAUUUUAACUGGAAGUACUUGAUGUCAUAAUUUUAAUGAAAAAAAUAUAUUUUCAAUUACUUGUAACAUUCAGUUUGCUUAUGUUCAGAAAGUAUAACCAAAGUAUCUAAUUGCUUUUUCGAAUGAUUUAAACGCAUUCAAUACAGACAGUGUUAUAGAUUUAUUUAGUUACGUACUAUAUAUUUCUUGUAUAUCACUCAGAUUAUAACUUGUGAUUUACAUAGAUAGUAAGACUUCAAAAUAUGUGUUGUGGAUUCAUAGACUCCGUUGACUUUCAUGGAAAAAAAUUAAUGUGUGUGGCUAGGGCUUUGAAUGUUACACUCACGUCGAUGUAAGUGUCACAUAUCGGAACCGAUAUUUAAUUGUUUACAACUUUUUCGAUGUCUGUAUUUGUAUGCUCAGUAUAAACUUUAAGAGCAUUUAUCUUUAUAUAAGUCUCUUUAAUUAAGGUACCACUCAAAAUCAAAACGUUAUUGGUGAUUGGCAGAGAGCAAGACAGAUUACAGAGGUCUGGUCCAACGAGAUCUUCUAUUGCCGGCAUAUUACGUAAGCCAGCUGUUUGUAAUCGUGAAACCUUAUUGUAUGUAAAUAUUGAAAUGACGUCAGUAAAAUAUACUUGUUAUAAAGUAGAUAGAAGCCAAAAUAAUCACAUGCAUUUCUAGGUUGCUAUAAUCGCUACGAGUAUUGGUGUUUGUGUAUGUUUCUAAGCGGACUGAUAUCAUUCUAGUAUUGUGUACACAUUUCAUUAUGCGGUAAAUAUUUACCACUAAAUCUUUGUAAUAUCAGUUCGCUAUUAUUUAAUUACAACACAGUGGUGACUUUAGUCAGAGAAAAAUUGGUGUAAGUUCUAAACGAUCUAUUGGAAUCAAAUUUUGUGUUUGUUAUCGACGCACACCGAAAGCUAAAUUAUUAUUUCUGGUAGUCUGACGGCUAUUACUGUGUUAUCACGACAUGCAUUCAUUGUGUUACUAUAUCGCAGCUUAGAUGUAUACUGAAUAAAUAAUCUGUAUUUUUCA